AUGUCGCUGCCCCCGCUCACACCGCCCCUGCGCUUCUCCUACGUCGCCUUUCCUACCCAGCCCGCACAGCAGCAGCAGCAGCAGCAGCAUAACCAGCAUCAUCACUCGACAUCGACACCGGCGUCAUCCUCGUCCCACUCGCCCUCAUCAGCAGCCGCACCACUAGCGCCACCGCAAGCGUAUUCUGCCUCGUCCAACGCCUUCCCCUCGACCUCAACCUCGACCUCUGCCUCGCCCUCACCCUCGCGUAGCACUCCUCCUCAUGGUCCACCCGCCCACGCCCGCGAGACAGUCUACCGCGGCGCAUACCCAAAGCCGCGCAACCUACGCUUCCUCGAACGCCUCCACCUCCGCACCAUCCUCAGCCUCACCCCAAAGCCACUCGAAAACGACCCAACCAUAAAGGCCUGGGCUUCCUCGGGCAACCCCACCACCGGAAAGCAGGGACAGCACGUCAGCCUCAUACAUGUCCGCACCGAAAAGCCAAAGGACGAGAGCGGCGGCCUCACCCGAGAAGGCGCCGCCAGGGCCCUCCUGGUCCUCCUCGACCGCAGAAACCACCCCCUCUACCUACACUGCCUCGACGGCGUCGAAGUCACGUCGACCCUCGUCGCGUGCAUGCGCAAACUGCAGGCCUGGUCCAAUGACGCCCUCCUCGCAGAACUCGCCCGCGCACUCCGCGACUCGAGCUCCUCGGACUGGACCCAGGUCCCCUCGCACCUUGCCACCUUUGUCUCCAAGUUUGGCCAGCCAGACGGCGUCCGCCUGCCCCCGCGCAACCACGUCCCCUCGUGGCUCUGGCCCGCACCUCACCCCCUCCAUAUCCUCGCAGACCCCUACGCCUGGGCACCCACGCCAGGCCCGCAUCCUACACAGCACCCACACUACUCCCACCUGCAUCCCAACCACUCGUCGGCCUCCCUCUCCCGCAACGCAUCCCAGGACACCACCGACGGCCAAUCGCACAACGGCGACGCCGGCGCUCAAGGCGCACACACAGCCUCCAUAGCCUCCGCAUCCUCCUCGAACGCCUCGACGACAAAGAAGAACAGUGAUGCGGCCGUCGGCCAAGCUCCCCAGCAGCCGCCAGCGACACAGCGGCUUCCUCCGCAGCGGCGGCUCCUACCCAUCCAGCACCCCUUCUUCAAGCUUCGCUUCGACACCGAUCCCGACCUGCCGCCACCACCGCCCCCAUCCCAGCAGACGGCAGCGCCCAGCCGGUCCACCGCGGCGGGACACCUUCACGCCCACUCGCGCGGCUCGCCCUCGUUCAACUCGGCCUCGGGUAUGCAGAGCCCCUCGGCCGGCAGCUCACGACCCACGAGCCGCGCCGGCAGACCGACCGGCCACGCCGCCGCCGGGUCUCGCACCCAUUCGCAGGCCCCAUCCGAGAGCGGGCACGACGUGCCUGCCUUUGGCCUGGGUAGCGCCAGUGGCAUCUCGAGCGCAGCAUCGUCGACUCCCGGCAGCCCGCGGCGCAGGCAUCCCAUGUCGAUGCCGCCAGAGAUUGGUUUCGACCAGCUGUCCGACCACCCUCGUCUGCAGCAGGGCGGCCAUGCCCGGCCGCGUCACUCGAUCGGCAGCGGCUCGGCGGGCACCAACGUCGUCUCGCCCUCGACUCUGCUGAACGGUGUCGAUGCGCACGGCUCGGGGUCCAGCAGCCGGAGGACUCGCCAGGGAUCCACCUCGUCAAACACGUCGUCGGGCUCGGCAGAGGCAGCCGGCAGCGUCAUGGCCUCUCCCAGCCGGCAUCGAUCGCGCACCGACUCGGCCGUGACGGCGCUGCCUCGGACGCCUCCGCUCAACCCGACUCCGCUCGUCGCGUCGGGUCAGGACGGUAGCCUCUCGGUGCCAGAAUCGCCGCUGCUCAAUUCCAUCACGCCCAAGCAGUCAGACUUUGACCUGUCGCGACGCAGCCAGGCCAUGGCCCUGGCAGCCGAAGCAUCGUCGACGUCGAAGGGCAGCUUGGAAACGCCACGUCCGGGUGUAGCGGCAAGCGGUGGACGGUCCGACACCCUCAAACCGCCACCGCCGCCGCCACCAUCGUCGUCGUCGUCGUCGUCGUCGUUGGUGGUGCUGCCGGGUGGAAGCGCUGGAGUUGAGUCGACGACCCCGGAUGCGAUCGAGAGCGAGAGCGAGCAGACGCUUUCAUCGUCGGCGUCGGUGUCCAAGUCGGCUUCGACGUCGUACUUUGACGAACCGGAAUCCUACACCGCCCGCGGCGGCAGUGGCGAUGGCGGUGGCGGUGGGGAAGGAGGGGUUAUCGCGAACCUGCGAAAAAGACCGGGCGGUAUCGGAGGAGGACGUAGAGAGCACUCUACGUAUGAAACGGAGGAUUUCCAACAGCGUGUUGGGUAUGGUAGUGACGAUGAGGGGGAAGCGGAGGAGGGCGAGGAGGAGGAGGAGGAGGAGGAGGAGGAGGAAGGUGAGGAGGAAGAGGAGGAGGAAGAAGAGGAGGAAGAAGAGGAGGAAGAGGAGGAAGAGGAGGAGGAGGAGGACGGGGAUGCGGAUAGCGAUCUGGCACUCGAGGCGCUGGACCUGGAUGGGUAUUGA